CGAGGAAUGAGACCUUCCCAGCUCCACCUGCUCCUCGCCUGCGCCUUCCUCUUCGGUCAAGAGCUGGGCCUUCAGAAGAGAGGAUGCUGCCUGGUGCUGGGCUACAUGGCCAAGGACAAGUUUCGGAGAAUGAAUGAAGGCCAAGUGUACUCCUUCAGCCAGCAACCCCAGGACCAGGCCGUGGUAUCGGGGCAGCCGGUGACGCUGCUUUGUGCCAUCCCAGAGUAUGAUGGCUUCGUUCUGUGGAUCAAAGACGGCUUGGCUCUGGGCGUGGGCAGGGACCUCUCAAGUUACCCACAGUACCUGGUGGUAGGGAACCACCUGUCGGGAGAGCAUCACCUGAAGAUCCUGCGGGCAGAGCUGCAGGACGAUGCCGUAUAUGAGUGCCAGGCCAUCCAGGCCGCCAUCCGGUCCCGCCCCGCACGCCUCACCGUCCUGGUGCCCCCCGAUGACCCCGUCAUCCUGGGGGGGCCCGUGAUCAGCCUGCGGGCAGGGGACCCCCUCAACCUCACCUGCCACGCAGACAACGCCAAGCCCGCGGCUUCCAUCAUCUGGCUGCGGAAGGGAGAGGUCAUCAACGGGGCCACCUACUCCAAGACCCUGCUCCGUGACGGCAAGCGCGAGAGCAUCGUGAGCACGCUCUUCAUCUCCCCUGGAGAUGUGGAGAACGGGCAGAGCAUCGUGUGCCGAGCCACCAACAAAGCCAUCCCUGGAGGGAAGGAGACCUCGGUCACCAUCGACAUCCAGCACCCCCCGCUUGUCAACCUGUCGGUGGAACCACAGCCAGUGCUGGAAGACAAUGUUGUCACUUUCCACUGCUCUGCCAAGGCCAACCCAGCUGUCACCCAGUACAGGUGGGCCAAGAGGGGCCAGAUCAUCAAGGAAGCAUCAGGGGAAGUGUAUCGGACCACCGUGGACUACACGUACUUCUCAGAACCAGUCUCCUGUGAGGUGACCAAUGCCUUGGGCAGCACCAACAUCAGCCGCACGGUCGAUGUCUACUUCGGGCCCCGGAUGACGACAGAGCCCCAGUCCCUGCUCGUGGACCUGGGCUCAGAUGCCGUCUUCAGCUGCUCCUGGACCGGAAACCCAUCCCUGACCAUUGUCUGGAUGAAGCGGGGCUCCGGCGUGGUCUUGAGCAAUGAAAAGACUCUGACCCUCAAGGCUGUCCGCCAGGAGGAUGCUGGGAAGUAUGUGUGCCGAGCGGUGGUGCCCCGGGUGGGGGCCGGGGAACGAGAGGUGACCCUGACUGUCAAUGGCCCCCCCAUCAUCUCCAGCACCCAGACCCAGCACGCCCUCCACGGAGAGAAAGGCCAGAUCAAGUGCUUCAUCCGGAGCACACCACCGCCGGACCGCAUAGCCUGGUCCUGGAAGGAGAAUGUGCUGGAGUCCGGGACGUCGGGGCGCUACACAGUGGAGACGGUCAGCACAGAGGAGGGUGUCAUCUCCACCCUCAGCAUCAGCAACAUCGUGCGGGCCGACUUCCAGACCAUCUACAACUGCACCGCCUGGAACAGCUUCGGCUCUGACACCGAGAUCAUCCGGCUCAAGGAGCAAGGUUCGGAAAUGAAGUCGGGAGCCGGGCUGGAAGCAGAGUCUGUGCCGAUGGCCGUCAUCAUCGGGGUGGCCGUGGGAGCCGGUGUGGCCUUCCUCGUUCUUAUGGCAACCAUCGUGGCCUUCUGCUGUGCCCGCUCCCAGAGAAAUCUCAAAGGUGUUGUGUCAGCCAAGAACGAUAUCCGUGUAGAGAUUGUCCACAAGGAGCCCACAUCUGGCCGGGAAGCCGAGGAACACCCCACCAUCAAGCAGCUGAUGAUGGACCGGGGUGAAUUCCAGCAAGACUCAGUCCUCAAGCAGCUGGAGGUCCUCAAAGAGGAGGAGAAGGAGUUUCAGAACCUGAAGGAUCCCACCAACGGCUACUACAGCGUCAACACCUUCAAGGAGCACCACUCCACCCCCACCAUCUCGCUGUCCAGCUGUCAGCCGGACCUGCGCCCCGCGGGCAAGCAGCGCGUGCCCACGGGCAUGUCCUUCACCAACAUCUACAGCACCCUGAGCGGCCAGGCCCGCCUCUAUGACUACAGCCAGAGGUUCGUGCUGGGCAUGGGCAGCUCGUCCAUCGAGCUGUGCGAGCGCGAGUUCCAGAGGGGCUCCCUCAGCGACAGCAGCUCCUUCCUGGACACGCAGUGUGACAGCAGCGUCAGCAGCAGCGGCAAGCAGGACGGCUACGUGCAGUUCGACAAGGCCAGCAAGGCCUCGGCCUCCUCUUCCCACCACUCCCAGUCCUCUUCCCAGAACUCCGACCCCAGCCGACCCCUGCAGCGGCGGAUGCAGACUCACGUCUGAGAACCCGGGGCCUCCGCAGGGAGGCGGGGGCUGGGGCCACACACGUCCUGGCUCUCCAGAUAACACGGGGGCUUUGCCGAGGACCCCAGGGCCCGCAGCCUCCGGGACAGCCCCGCCCUCCCCGAGCCCUGAUCAAGCACAAAUCUGGGUCCCCAGCAGCAGUGUGCCAGAGGGCG